GAUGAUGGUCCUACGAUAAUCGGGAGUAGACGUGUAGAGACCGCUUAUCUGGGGAUCCUUAUCCGCCCGCAAUCGAGUGAGCCCAUAUCUUUUUCUCUCUGCCCCAAAUUCUGCUGCCAUGCCUCUUCUCCCUCACCUCGCUAUGUUCAUCACUCCGCUAUGGAUUGCGGUCAUCCUCGGCGUCCUCGUGGGCUGGGCUUGGAAGCCCAAAUGGGCCUCCCGCCUCAACCUCCGUCCCCAAAACGACACCGCUUUCCCCCACUCCACUCCCAGCUUAAGCGCGCGUGAGAAGGACGCGAGUGCGGGCGCGAGUGGUCCCGUGACGGAGCGCGAUUUGCUGCAUCUGUGGAAGUUGGUUGAGGAGAAAGACGGAGGCCCCGCGUGGGUUCAGAUGAUGGACCGUUCUACCCCCACCAUGAGUUAUCAGGCGUGGCGCAGGGAUCCUGAGAGUGGGCCGCCGCAGUACCGGAGCAGGACGGUGUUCGAGGACGCGAGUCCCGAGCUGGUGAGGGAUUUCUUCUGGGACGAUGAGUACCGGUUGAAGUGGGAUGACAUGCUUAUAUACGCUUCGACGUUGGAAGAGUGUGACCUCACCGGAGCAAUGAUGGUGCACUGGGUGCGCAAGUUUCCCUUCUUUUGCAGUGAUAGGGAGUAUGUCAUUGGUCGCCGAAUUUGGGACGCUGGGCAAGUUUACUACUGUGUCACUAAGGGAGUACCUUGCCCCUCCAUGCCAAGGCACAACAAACCUAAACGAGUUGAUCUAUAUUAUUCAAGCUGGUGUAUCCGUGCAGUUAAAUCAAGAAAAGAUGGUCAGCUGACUUCAUGCGAAGUGUUAUUGUUUCAUCACGAAGAUAUGGGCAUACCCUGGGAAAUUGCUAAGCUUGGAGUUCGACAGGGUAUGUGGGGAGCUGUCAAGAAGUUUGAUCCAGGACUACGGACAUAUCAGAAAGAAAGGGAUUCUGGUGUUCCAUUAUCACGCUGUGCUUGUGCCGCUAAGAUCAACACUAAAAUAACAGCGGAUUAUCUUAGUUCUCUAGAAAACACAACCAGUGAUUUGUUGGAGACUGAAAAUCAGGAUACUUCUGACAAACCAGCUGGGAGGAACAUACCUAAACUUCUAAUUGUUGGUGGAGCCAUUGCCCUUGCCUGCACUCUUGAUCAAGGAUUACUGACUAAGGCAGUUAUAUUUGGAGUAGCCCGAAGGUUUGCAAAAAUGGGAAGGAGGUUGUGAUACAUCAUGCUUUUUGCUUUGAGAAAUUGCCAGCCAAUAGUAGAAUUAGAAAUUGAGAUACCACUUCUUGCUUUCGAGCAACUGUUUAUUCUGGGUCUAGUUGGCAGCCAGCCAUGGUUCAAGAGAAAUGGUAUUAUUCUUUCCCCAUUUGUUUGAUCUAUGAGGCAGCUUUUAACUGGAAAUAGGUACAUUGUAUCUUUAAAAUUCUUGUACUGCAAGAAUAACAUCAAUAUUCAGGUUUUUCUUUAGUUCAUGUUUUUUCACUA